CUAAAAACUACCAAAAUGGACAUCCAUAGAGACUUAAGCGAUAUUACUGACUCUCAGGAGAAACAGUGAAUACUGAUAUCUAAUUCUAUUAAGAGACAGAAGGCAUUUGCUAAGAAGAGGAAGAGGAGAGGAAUCCCUGAAAAGGAACCAACCAAGGUUAAGUAUUAUAGAGUUGCUGGUGCUUCGAGUACUAGUGCUUCUUUUAUCCAACCCAGCAGGAAUAUUCAGGCUUUUGGGACGAAGGAAGAAAAUUCAAUGGGGCUUAAUUAUAGUUAUAAUCAGGAACCUGACUAUCAAAAGCCUAUUUUUGAUGAGUAUGCUAAUAAGUUACGGAAUUUAAAAUAUUCAGAAGAGCCUGAAUAUUCUUUUAAAAAACAAGUCCAUGAUAAUCCUUACCAUGGUGAAGAGAGGAUCCCUUCAAGAGGUUCUCAGCCAGAGCCUGAAAUCAGUAGAGCCAAAGAAUUUCAAGUAUUUGGAGAUCAAUCUAGAGAUAAUAAUGCAUAUUCUGGAUCUUAUAAACAGCCUUACCCAGCUCAUCAUAAACCUUUAUCCGCAAAUAGAAUAAAUCGGAAUAAGAAAUCUCAAAUGCAAUACGAAAACCCUGAUAAUGAUAAUCAAGGAUUUGGAAAUUUCGGAAGUUUAGAAGGAACACAGCAGAUAAAACUCAGCAAACAGAAGAAAAGAAAUGAUUUUGUUGCAAGUCUUGAAGAACAAAUUCGUCUCAAAAGUGAAAGACAAAGGAAAGAGAAGGAGGCUGAAAACAAUUAUUCCUUCCCUCCCCAACCUUCCUCUAGUCACUCUCGUCGUAGUCACCCCACUCAACCCACUUCUCAGCAUGCCGACUACCCUCCUCCUUCCUCAAGCCACUCCCGUCGAAACCAGAACCAAUCUAGCAUUCCUAGCUACGAUCAGCUAGAGUCCAAUCCUUAUAGCAACAAUUCCUUACCAGGCAUGGAGGACAGAGAGAAACAGAACAAAAUGGACCGAGUCAGUAAGCAAAAACAAAUGCUUCUCGAACAAAUCGAAGAGCAGAAGAGAAAGAAAGAGGAAGAGAAACGAAGACGCCAACAGGAAGAACUUGAAGAAGAACAGAGGAUUAAGAAGGAAAUUGAAGUCUUGAAUAUGAGGGAAAGAGGAGAACAUGAGACUAAGAAGAAUAAGCAGAAGGAAUUUAGGGAUAUGCUUGACCAGGAGACAGAGAAGAGGAGCAAGAAGGAGCCAAAUAGGGAUUUGGAAGGAAGUAGGGGGACUAUGGGGAGAAAGGAAAGGAAUGAAAUGCCAAGAAGAGUGAAUGAUGUACCUCCUGAGUUUCAAGAUCUUGCUCAAAAUGUUGAGCAGAAGUUAACUACGAAUUAUUCUUCAAUUCCUAAAGGAAAAGAAAUGUUUAAUAAAGAGUUUAAAGGGACUAAUACGCAACGAUUAAAUGAAAUUCAGCUGAAGUUUCAGAACGAAAUAGCUGGGCUAGAGGGGCAGCUUAAGAAGGUACAGGAUGAAUUAAGAAAUAAAGUAAAAUCAGAACAAGAAUUAGUUCAGCUUAAGCAGGAAAUGAAGACAAGAGAAAGCCAAUCAAAUCAACAACAAAGUAGGUUACAAGAACAGUUGAUUGAAUUAAUGAAGGGCUAUCAACAGCAGAUUACCUAUCUGACCAAGAUGAGAGAUCAAUCAGGCCCUCAGCCUUUCGAUAGGCCUGGCUCUAACAGAUCAAUAGGGGGUAAAGCAAAUACUCGUGGACAAGAGCUUAAUAAUUAUGAAAAGAUGCUUUUCACGAAUUCAUCUAAACCCCCAGUUCCUAACUAUGGAAGUUCCAACGUGGUGAUCGACUUUAAUAAUCCCUCUGACAAACCAUAUGUCAAACCUUAUGAGAACAACAACAUGAGCGGAGGAAAUCUUGAUCCAUUUAGCAAUCAGGAUUUUGUUGAUCUAGAUAAAUCAGCUUCUCUAAACGCACAGAGUAAAAUGGUGCCAGUCUCAGUAGAGAAAAAGAAACCUCCAAGACCUGAGAAGAAGACAUAUGAUUAUACUCCUAAAUCUCUUGAAGGAACCAAUGAGCUUGGAGGAACAAAUGGGAGCACCAACAGAAGGCUUAAUAAGGAACUAGAUGAGAUUGAAAAGAUGAACUUGAUGAAUCAGGAAGAAUUUCCUGGUUCUCUGAGAGGAACUGGAAAUUUCGACGAUACCCAGGUGAACCAUCCUCCUGUAUCCCAAGAGAUACUUCCAGACGAUGUUGAGUCAUUAAGGAAUACUUCUAAUUUUGAAGCCCUUCCUCCUCAAGAAAAUGAGAAAGAUAACCUUGGAAACUCUUUUGAAGGAACUGGCACUAUGAAGGUUAAUAGUAAAGAAUUGUCAGAUAAUAGCUUUAAAAAUGGAUCUAGCAAACUCGAAAAAUUCGAAGGAUUUCCAGAACUACCUGAGUAUGAAGGAAUUCAAAAAGAUUACAUUGCCACUAUAAAAUCUCGAGGUUCUAAUCAAGAUAAUCAAAAUGAUUUUGGAGAUCCACUCGAAGGAACAGCAGGAACUGCCGGAACAGGAAAAUCCAUUGAUUUUGAUGAACUCCAAGAGAAAUUAGCACAGAAGAUAGGACCCUCACCAAACAAGCCAUCUGAAGAGCCUCCAAGGCAAGAGAGAAAAAGGUGGGGAAAGCCUAAAGAUCUUCCUAUUGUCCCAACAGAAGAUAGAGUCCCUCCUGUUAACAACCAAACAGACGGUAUUGAUGAUCUUUUAGAGCAAUUUUCUAACAAAGAGUCACAACACAAUGAUGUUCCUGUCUAUGAGUCAGAACCAGAUACUCUCAAAAGGUAUUCAGACGACCACAUAGCUCCAGAAAAAUACCAACCAAAGAUGGAAAGUAUUCUUGAGCAAAGUAAUGAGUUCACUAAAUCUGGAGAAAAUGACCUUCUCUCCAAGUCUGAGAGGAAACUCAUUGAACAAGAGCUUAAGAGGGCAAAGGGCGAAGAAUAACCAGUAAUUAACAUUUAUAAUUCAUCUGCUGUU